GAAGUGCUCAACACUUGCCCACUACCUGAUGGCCUGAGUUUAGACUCCUGAACUCACAGGGUGGAAGGAGAAAACUGACUCCUGAAGGUUGUUUUCUGAUGUCCACACUUGCAUGGUACAUGCACACAAAUUAACAACAAAUUAACCAGCAAAACAGACAAAGCAAAGGAGCUCAAAAAAAAAUGUAGACAGAGGAAAGACAAAGCCUUGCUUACUAAGGGACUGCUGGGUAAACAGCAUUGUGUUUCCCCUGGAAAUACUGCACAAAUUGGACGCCACAGUCCAAGGAGCAAAGAACCAAACUUAAAACUGUGCAAGCAUGAGGGCCUGAGAACCCACAUUAAAACCAGGAGUGGGCUCUGUCUUCUCUACCCUGGAAGCAGCUCUUCUGCCUUUGCCCCUCACCCCUGAAAAAUGUAUGCCUGCUCCAAGUUCGUCUCUACCCUGAUCAGGAGCGCCUCUCAGCUGCCGAGUCGUCUGCUCUCCGCAGUGGAGUUGAAGCGACCACAGAUGCCCACACAUAAGGGCCUCAGCUGCUUGGCGGUCCGGCGGCCUCUGACCUCACUUAUCCCUAGCCGCACCUUCCAAACCAGGGCCAUUUCAAGGGACAUCGACACAGCUGCCAAGUUCACUGGAGCUGGGGCUGCUACAGUUGGGGUGGCUGGCUCUGGAGCAGGAAUUGGGACUGUUUUUGGGAGUCUCAUCAUUGGUUAUGCCAGGAACCCUUCUCUGAAGCAGCAACUCUUCUCCUAUUCGAUUCUGGGCUUCACCCUCUCUGAGGCCAUGGGGCCCUUUUGCCUAAUGGUGGCCUUCCUCAUCCUCUUCGCCAUAUGAAGCAGCUGUCUCCACCUCCACCUCUACCUCCCAUGGUUCUUCCAGGUCUCAUCUGCCCUGUGUGUUCCUUUUCCUGUGCCUCCCCAAGAAGUCUGGGGAAAGUGCUUGGCUCAGGGUUUGACAGAGAGAAGACAAAUAAAUACUGUAUUAGUAAGAAAAAAAAUCCAGGAGUGGUUUCAAGCCUAUAACCCCAACACUGGGUAGAGACGAAGACAUGGAAGGAUCCUUAGAGUGCUGGCACACACAUGCAUUCAUACACACAAACACAGGCACACACAUGUGUACACACUCAUACACAUAAAGUGGCAUGGAGAGAUAUAAAAAUUUAAAUGAUCAUUUUAGGUUCCACUUAGGAGAGACGGAAAGAGCAGGGUUGAACAUCCAGAGACCAGCAAGGAGGCCACUGUGAGUGAAAGCAGCCCAGUGAGCAAGCCUAAGGGUGGGGGAGGUAAGUGAAUCUCAGAUCCAGUGGCAGAAUCGGAGGCAGAUUCUGAAUUUAAUUUUGAAAGAUGAGCUAUCGGAAGCUACUGAGACGAGUUAAACAUGCCUCCAGGAUUUUCAACCUGAGCAACUGGAAGGAUGAAGUUGCCAUCAACUGAGAAGGUUUUUGGCUACAGCAGGCUUGAGAUGUCAAGGGGAGGAACUGGGAACUCAGUUUGAAUAUGUGAACUUGACAUCAUCAGACCUCCAAGUGGAAAUGGUUCAGCAGCCAUCCAUACAGACUGGGACUUGGGGAAAAGAACUGAUGUGGAAAUAAAGGUAUAAAGAUGGUGUCGGAAACCAUGGGACUGAAUAGAAUCACUAACAGAGACUAGAAAGGCCCUGAAGUGGUGUAGAAGAAACAGGAUCAGCAAAGGCUAUUUUAAUAACAAGCCACUGAUGGGGCUGGUGAGAUGGCUCAGUGGGUAAGGGCACUUGGCACUGAACUCUAUGGCUGAGUUCAAUCUCACAGGAAAUCAAGUCAGGAAAGUAUACGUCUCUGCAACCAACUGAAGAAACAAAUGGGUCAAGAGAGACCUGUGGCAACUGCACUGCGUUCUGCUUAUACACCAAAGAGUUCAUGGAACAAGAAACAUUUACUGAAUUUCGCAAUGAGGAAAUCAGUAGUGACUUUUUAGGAAUAAUUUCAGUGAACUAAUAGGAGCCAAAAACGCAUUGCCCUAAUCUUAACUAAAGACAGGACAAGAACACAGUGAAAGAGGACAGUUCUUACCAGUUUACAGCACACGGCGGCAAAGGAGGAGCGUGGGAAAGUGGGAGAACAAGAAAAUUUCCUGUGUGUGUUAGGGACAAGGUCUUAGACAGACCAGGCUAGCCUCAAAUUCCCUGUGCAACAAUGGGUCAUAGUGAUAAAUAUUAAAAAACAGAAUUCGGGAAGUCCCACACCCGCGGAUCCCGGCCCGCAGCGGCUCUCUGCUCCCAAACCCCGUGGGAGAGAGACCUCACCGCCUGAUCGGGUGGGCACUCCUGGGGCUGCGGAGCGGAGGAGACCACCAACACUGCCCACCCCUGCCCACAUCCCUGGCCCAAGAGGCAGCUGUAUAAGGCCUCUAGGUUCCCGUAGGGGAGGGCCUGGGAGCGGCGGGAUCCCUGCGCCUGAGACACCGCCGGAACCUGAAGGAAACAGACCGGAUAAACAGUUCUCUGCACCCAAAUCCCGUGGGAGGGAGAGCUAAACCUUCAGAGAGGCGGACACGCCUGGGAAACCAGGAGAGACUGCACUCUGUGCACAUCCAGACGCCAGAGGAAAACACCAAACGCCGUCUGGAACCCUGGUGCACGGAGGCUCCCGGAAGGAGCGGCGCAGAUCUUCCCAGUUGCUGCCGCCGCGGAGAGGACUUGGGCGGUGCCCCACGAGCAAACUUGAGCCUUGGAACCACAGGUAGGACCAACUUUUCCCCUGCAAGAAACCUGCCUGGUGAACUCAAGACACAGGCCCACAGGAACAGCUGAAGACCUGUAGAGAGGAAAAACUACACGCCCGAAAGCAGAACACUCUGUCCCCAUAACUGGCUGAAAGAAAACAGGAAAACAGGUCUACAGCACUCCUGACACACAGGCUUAUAGGACAGUCUAGCCAUGGUCAGAAAUAGCAGAACAAAGUAACACUAGAGAUAAUCUGAUGGCGAGAGGCAAGCGCAGGAACCCAAGCAACAGAAACCAAGACUACAUGGCAUCAUCGGAGCCCAAUUCUCCCACCAAAGCAAACACGGAAUAUCCAAACACACCAGAAAAGCAAGAUCUAGUUUCAAAAUCAUAUUUGAUCAUGAUGCUGGAGGACUUCAAGAAAGACAUAAAGAACUCCCUUAGAGAAUAAGUAGAAGCCUACAGAGAGGAAUCGCAAAAAUCCCUGAAAGAAUUCCAGGAAAACACAAUCAAACAGUUGAAGGAAUUAAAAAUGGAAAUAGAAGCAAUCAAGAAAGAACACAUGGAAACAACCCUGGACAUAGAAAAUCAAAAGAAAAGACAAGGAGCUGUAGAUACAAGCUUCACCAACAGAAUACAAGAGAUGGAAGAGAGAAUCUCGGGAGCAGAAGAUUCCAUAGAAAUCAUUGACUCAACUGUCAAAGAUAAUGUAAAGCGGAAAAAGCUACUGGUCCAAAACAUACAGGAAAUCCAGGACUCAAUGAGAAGAUCAAACCUAAGGAUAAUAGGUAUAGAGGAAAGUGAAGACUCCCAGCUCAAAGGACCAGUAAAUAUCUUCAACAAAAUCAUAGAAGAAAACUUCCCUAACCUAAAAAAAGAGAUACCCAUAGGCAUACAAGAAGCCUACAGAACUCCAAAUAGAUUGGACCAGAAAAGAAACACCUCCCGUCACAUAAUUGUCAAAACACCAAACGCACAAAAUAAAGGGAGAAUAUUAAAAGCAGUAAGGGAAAAAGGUCAAGUAACAUAUAAAGGCAGACCUAUCAGAAUCAUACCAGACUUUUCGCCAGAAACUAUGAAGGCCAGAAGAUCCUGGACUGAUGUCAUACAGACUCUAAGAGAACACAAAUGCCAGCCCAGGUUACUGUAUCCUGCAAAACUCUCAAUUAACAUAGAUGGAGAAACCAAGAUAUUCCAUGACAAAACCAAAUUUACACAAUAUCUUUCUACAAAUCCAGCACUACAAAGGAUAAUAAAGGGUAAAGCCCAACAUAAGGAGGCAAGCUAUACCCUAGAAGAAGCAAGAAACUAAUCGUCUUGGCAACAAAACAAAGAGAAGAAAAGCACACAAACAUAACCUCACAUCCAAAUAUGAAUAUAACAGGAAGCAAUAAUCACUAUUCCUUAAUAUCUCUCAAUAUCAAUGGCCUCAACUCCCCAAUAAAAAGACAUAGAUUAACAAACUGGAUACGCAAUGAGGACCCUGCAUUCUGCUGCCUACAGGAAACACACCUCAGAGACAAAGACAGACACUACCUCAGAGUGAAAGGCUGGAAAACAACUUUCCAAGCAAAUGGUCAGAAGAAGCAAGCUGGAGUAGCCAUUCUAAUAUCAAAUAAAAUCAAUUUUCAAUUAAAAGUCAUCAAAAAAGAUAAGGAAGGACACUUCAUAUUCAUCAAAGGAAAAAUCCACCAAGAUGAACUCUCAAUCCUCAUCUUCGAUUGGUUUAUAUACAAGUGUGCAAUUUCUAGGCUUGAAAGUAAAAUGAUGCUAUCUGGUGCU